ACAUAUCGUUAUCAAUCAACUUUCUUCUAAAUACAAAUCACAUCUAAAAUUAGAUAUUUUUUUAAUUAUCAUUAAAAAUAGAUUUAUAUACAAAGUAUAAAUAAUCACCGCUCUCGGAAAAUCUAUCACACUUGAUUCAUCUGCGCACAAUGAAAAUCCUGUUGCUGUGUGUCGUCGCAAUAGCGGUCUACGUCACCGCGGAACCGGACCCGUACCGCGGGCCCGCACGGCGCCUCGGUACCAGUUUGCGCGCCACACCAGUACGGCGCCCCGGGUCCGGCUCGCACCCCGGACCAGUACGGCGCCCCGGGUCCGUCUCGCACCCCGGACCUGUACGGCGCUCUGGAAUUGGCUCGCUACCUAGACCCACACGGCGCCCCGGAUCCGGUUUGCGCCCCAGACCCUUACGGCGCCCCGGAUCCGGUUUGCGCCGCAGACCCUUACGGCGCCCAGGAACUGGCUCGCGCCCCAGACCUUUGCAGCGCCCAGGAUCCGGCUCGCGCCCCAGACCCAUACGGCGCCCCGGAUACGGCUUGCGCCCCAGAAUGUAAAGUAGCGGAAUCUUUUGAUCUAGAUAUAAAUAUGUAAUCUAGCGUUUUCUUGAUGAAUAAAUUUCCUUGAGUUAUGUAUUUGA